AUGCCAAAAACCAAACCAAAACCUAAGACAGGGGAAAUAGUUUUAUCGGCUCUAAAAAAAUUGACGAAGAACACAGGCUGGACAUCCCGUACUAUAAUUAAAUUUAUUAAAUUGGAAUAUAAACUGUCCGAUCCAAGGAUAAGCAGUAAAAUUUCCAGAGCACUCAAACGCGGUGUGCGGAUGGGUUUAUUUCAAAUGGAUAGUGGUCGCUUCAGACUUAGUGACCUGGCUCAUGUAUCACACCGGAUAUCUUACCGUGACAUUCAUGUACAAAGGCAAAGAAAAAGGAAUUGUGCCUGUAUACGCAAACUUACACCUGAUACCUGCGACUAUAGGCUUAAGACCUUCAUCGGAAAGUCACGAACACUGGAGUGA